AUGAGACUGUAUAAAACACUCUCAAACAAGACAUCAUUAUGGACAUUCUCUGGAACAUCGCUGCUGCCAAAUCAUCGACAACAACAUUUGAGUCAAAUGCGUGUCGUCGAACCAGAGCAACAUCACGAGCAUGGUAACAAGAAGCUGCAGGAUGGUGGAAAUACGGAUGCUGACAGAGAGCUGCAUAGUCAAAGGAGGUCAACGUAUCAAAUGGCACAAACUGACAUCAACAACAAAUGCGAGAACACCUACAACUGGAACUAUGCUAAGUGA